AUGCCACCGGGCUUCCAAAAAGGACGCGGUCGCAAGUCUCAGGCGUUCUGCACUGGCCGUCGUCUCUGCAGUUGGGGCGUGGGCCUGCUUUCGGCGCUGAGGCCGAGCGUGGUGCCUUUGCGGAGUCACUCGCGCCCUCGGCAGGUGCCGCCAGCGCGACGCCAGCGCAUGUUGAAGAGGCCUUCCUACAACCGGCCAACUGGACGCACUACACCAGUGAACUUUCUGAACAGCCCCACGAACGGAGGCUCUCGGGGCAGGACCAAGCAAGCUGCGAGCGUGCGUGGCAGAAUCAAGAGGUCUCGCAGCUCCGACGAACUGAUGUGCCAGAUUGAGGAGGCCAUCUCCAACAAGUUGCUCGAACCCAGCGUCCUGGGUGCUGCGAUGCAAACAUGUGGCUUCAAGGGUUGGUGGCAAGAGUUGCUAGCCUUGCUUGCCUUGCGGUACGAUCACCGAACACAACACUCGGGCUUGGAUGUAAUCCAGGUCAACAUUGCUUUGACGGCCCUCACUGCCUGCUUGAAAGAACAGGGUGCUUUCGGAGUUCUGCAGUCUCGGGCCACCAUAGCCUUUAUCUUGGCCCGGCAGCUAUGCAAAGAGCUGCCCAUGGAUGCAUCAGCAGAUGAUGAACAAUUGAACUGCUACUGCAGCAGCUCGUUGAAGCUUGCCACCCACCUUUGCUCUGACACAGCCCACGACUGGGGGCAGGAUCUGUGGGAGCAAGCAUCCGCUCUUGCCUUUCCGAUCAGUGGCAUCACAUACAGCACUUACCUGCAGUUUCUGGAGCAAUACGAGCGUUGUGAUGAGGUGGAUGCAUUCUUGGAAGAUCCCACAAAGACCAAGGUCCUGAACUAUGUGGUACUGUGCGGCUUGCUUGAACGGAUAUCGUACCGUAAAGAUUGGAAACGCGCCGAAAGCGUGUGGGACACCUUCAUGAGAAAGAACAUCAAACCUAAUUUGAUGUGUUUUCUCUCCCGAGCAAAAGUGCACCUCCUGGCGGGCCGCCCCACGUUCGUCCUUCAGGUCCUGCAGAGCGGAAUGGAUGCAGGCGAGUUGAGUCUGGCCGAGAAUGGGCGCGUUGUCCAAGAGUACGUGCAGUCCUUGCUGAUUGUUUGCCAUUCCUCCUUGGACGCUGAGGCACGUCGGCUCCUCAGAGAAACCCUCGACCAGGGAGUUUUCGCAGUCAAAGACAGCACGUCUGCUACGACCAGGAUGGAUUUGAAGCGCAUGGAGGCCCUGGCCAAGACACUGCUCGCCGAUCCCAGCGAAGUGAGACUCCGUGACCUCCUGGUGGAGUGGAAGGCGAAGGAGUUGAGUGUCAUGGCGGGGUGGAAGAAUUUCCGAGCUGGCACAGGCUACCUGAAGGACUCAGAAGCUGUGGAGGGUGUUUUUGCAUCGCGACUGGAGCAGGAGGACAUGGCAAUCCUCGACUCCAUCAGCGCCGCCAGUGUUUCCCAGCGCUGUGACCACCUGGCCAACGCCGGCCUCUGCCUCUGCGAGGCGAACCUGGCGCCGGCGGCGCUUCAGGCAGCACUGCAGAGCUGUCGCCAGGCCCGAGUGCCGGCCUGGUUCGACCCGGUCUCCGUGGCGAAAGCACCCAGAGGAUGUCUUGCCCUUCGCUGGGACCUUGCGGCACCCAACUUCGACGAGCUGAUGGCCAUGCUCGGGAAGCCGGCAGGAGGGAAGCUGGAUUGGCAGGGCGGCCUCCCAGCACCUCUCCGCGCGGCGGCGGUGGAAGCGCUCUCUUCAGGUUCGGGCUUUGCCGAUCGGCUUCUGUUGAGCCCUCCGCCCAGCCCGCAAGCUUGCUACUAUUUUGCUUAA